AUGCAGGACAAGAUCCUCGCGACAUACGUCCUUAUGGACCUCCUUUUCGUCGUCUGCGGUGGAUUGCUGUUGAUCUUCGCGUUGGUUACGAAGUCGGAACUUACACAAACGCCCACGAUUCAGAAUGUUGCUACAGAUCUAUUACUCAACGUGUGCCCGUUGACAGCUGCGAUCGCGAACUCCGUCCUCGUCUUCUUCACCUUCCUGGUCUCCGUCCCAGCGAUGGUCGCGCCAAUGACCCGCGGCUGGCUCAAAUUCCACGGCUACCUCGUCGUCGUCUGCGCGAUCUUCACGAUGCUCAUCGGUCUCACGAUCUGGUUCGAUACGCUCAAGACCCGCCAGAACCUCUCGGAUAUCUGGAAUGUGCAGCCAAACACCACGCAGUCGCUUCUGCAACAGCGGUUCAACUGCUGCGGCUACAACAACGCCACCUCCCCACCAUUCUUCGUCCCCGACUCCACCUGCCCGAACCCCCUCGCAGCCGCCGCGAACAUCGGCUGCGUCACCCCCUUUGUGAGCUUCGCCAACACCUUCCUUGACACCAUCUUCACGGGAGCAUUCGGUAUCGUUGGUGUUGACGUGGCGCUUAUCCUCACCACAGCUAUGCUGCUCAAGGAUCGCAAGGAGAAGGAGAGGUAUCGCCAUAUUGAUGAGAAGCAGGGUACUGGGUCGUUCUAA